UUCAAUGUCACAAUGUCUGCUUCCAGGCCGAGCUGUCUGCUAGUGCUUAGCUCUGCAGAACAAGGUGUGUCAGCUCAAUCUUUCAUCCAUGCUUUCACUCUCACAAACACAACAUUUACCGUCCAGUUGGCAGCGCCGAAUGGUAAGGCAACAGAAUAUGUUGACCAGGAUGAAAACAGUAGGCGAUGGCUGAACGAUUUUAGGACAAAAACUUUCGCACUUCCUCUAGAACUGGAAAAGAUAGAAGUGAGUAGAUAUUCUUGCUUACUGAUACCACAUGCUCCGGGUGCUGUUCAUGACUUGGCCAGGGACAGGGAACUGGCCAAAAUAAUCAACCACUUUAUCAGAGAAAAAAAACCAAUAUGUGCAAUAGGAGCAGGUAUAGCUGCCUUGUGCUGUGCAAGGAUGGAUGACAAUAAAACCUGGAGUUUUAAAGAUUAUAGCAUGACAUCAAAUUCAGUUUUUGAGUUGGCACGCAGCCCAGACUUUGGUAGCCUACCAAUUGUCAUGGAGGACUUUAUCAAGGAGAAUGGUGCUGUAUACAGUAGUAGUGAGCCAGAUGCUGUCCACAUUGUUGUAGACAGACACCUCAUCACUGGACAGAAUGAGUCAUCAUCACUGAUUGCAGUGCAGAACCUUAUACUCCUGUGUAAUCAGAAGCAGGGAAAGCAGUCUUCAGCUCCAAGAUGAAAUACGAGUACUUGUAACAAAUUGUUUUACUGAAAACAAAAGAGAAAAAGCAUUUCUUUCAUCCUGGAGUAUUUGUCAUUUAGUUUAAAACACUUGGACACUGUGUGUGCUUGGACAGUAUCAUGAUCAUGCCAAAACAAAUUAAUCUCUGUUUAAGAUAAAAAAAAAUGUAGUCUAGUGAUCAAACAUUUAAUUUUAUGUAACCUUUAUUUAGUUUGUCUGGAGUAAUCCAUAUGUACCUCUUUUGAAAUUUAGAUCUUUUAUAUAGGUCGUUUUUAUUUUUACAUGCUAUUAUGUUGCAGUUGUAAACAGAUGUCAUGUUGUAGCUUUUACUGUGAUUGUCUUUAUCAUAAAUCAAGAUACUCAUUCAUAAAAUUUCUGGAAGAUCAGGUGGUUCUAUCAAUCAUAUCAGUCAGAAGGGGCCCAGUUGAAUUAUUGGAUCUCCAUGUUUAAGUCCUGGUGGAAGUUGUUAUAGAUAGAAGAGCCCCAAAUAUUUACUGGUUUAAAUGACUCUCAAUAGGGAUGCGGAUACUCUACUUAGAUAAUAUUAUUUUUUAAAUUUCAAUUUGUAUUAGUAUUGUAUAGUUGUAGUUUUAAUAAGGCUGAGCAUUUCUCACAGAAAGAUAAAUGAAUUAAAAGAAAAGAAAAAAAAAACAGUAAGGUCCUGUUUGUGCUGUGUUGCUGUCAUUUAAGCAACAUUUAAAUUCAUGCGUAUUGCCUUCUUUGCACUCAACAAGGUUUCUUACUGUGCUUGAAAAACUGAGCUUACAGUCUACAGACACAAAGCUCCCCAAAAUCCGAGUGCUGCCUUCAAUAAAUUGCUUAAAUAAGUGCUGCUUUAAAUUAUUAUCUACUAGACCCUAAAGGUGUAGUUAUUUAAGAACCUAAACACCA